GAGGCUCCGUACUAUAAUACACUGACCAAUUCUACAUAUCAGACAGUGAAUUAGAAAUAAAAACCUGCCUCUAAUAUAAGUCUGCUACGUGCUGGAGUUGAGGGCUUCCCUCAAAAUCUGAAGAGAAUGAGCGUGCUGAAGAGAGCCUCUGCACUCAUCCUGAGAAGAGGAAUUACAACUUAUCAGAACACAUGGUGCAAAAAUGGUAAAUGCAUCUCCUCAUUUAAAAACAGACUCUUCAGAGUUCAUCCAUCUGUAUCACGGGCGUUGGCAGAAAACAAACCGGUGGUUGCCCUUGAGAGCACUAUUAUCACACAUGGCAUGCCCUAUCCACACAACCUCAGCACAGCAAAGGAGGUGGAGGACAUUGUACGAGCUGAAGGAGCCACUCCAGCCACAGUUGGAGUGAUCGAAGGCAAAGUCCAUGUUGGUCUGUCAUCAGAGGAGCUUGAGCACCUUGCCCGCUGCAAGAGCUCCCUGAAGGUGUCCCGCCGUGAUCUUCCAUUCGUCAUAAGCAAAGGGCUCUCUGGAGGAACGACAGUGUCAGCCACUAUGAUAGCAGCACAUCGAGCUGGCAUCCCUGUGUUUGUCACAGGUGGCAUUGGAGGAGUUCACAGAGACGGAGAGAAGAGUCUGGACAUCAGUGCAGACCUGACAGAGCUGGGCAGGACUCCCAUUGCUGUGGUCUCUGCUGGGGUCAAAUCUAUUCUGGACAUUGGUCGCACCCUUGAAUUCCUUGAGACACAUGGUGUCUGUGUAGUCACUUAUGGGAAGUCAAAGCAUUUUCCAGCCUUCUUCUCUCCACGAAGUGGAUUCACUUCCCCAUGCCAAGUCAGCAACCCCGCGGAGGCUGCAAAACUCAUUGCAAGCACUCUGUCCCUGGGUCAUCAAAGUGGUCUCCUGUUAGCGGUGCCCAUCCCAGAGGAGCAUGCAGCUGCAGGGAAGCAGAUUGAAGAAGCCAUACAGGCUGCAGUGACAGAGGCAAGUGCUAAAGGUAUCACAGGAAGAGAUGUGACGCCAUUCAUUCUUCAGAAGGUCAAUGAGCUGACUGAAGGAAAGUCCCUUCAGGCCAACAUUGCUCUCAUUCAUAACAACGCUAGAGUUGGAAGUCAAAUAGCCUGUGCACUGUCAAAAGAAAUGAAUGAGAGAAAGUUAAGAAGCCAAACUCCUCAUUCUGGAAAACACUCAUCACAAUCAGAGUCAGAUAUUGUUGUCAUAGGAGGAAUCAAUGUGGAUUUCAUUGCCAAAGCAAAAGCAAAAACAAUGCAUUAUGGACAGACUAACCCAGGAAGCGUCUGUCAGUCAUUUGGUGGUGUAGGACGGAACAUUGCCGACUCCCUGAGUCGCUUAGGCCACAGACCUCUGUUCAUCUCAGCUAUUGGAGCUGAUUCACACAGUGAUGCAGUGUUAAACUACUGUAAACAUAUGAACACCAGUGGUGUGGCCAGGCUGGAAGAGCAAAGCACAGCCACGUACUGUGUUGUUAUCACUGAGAGUGGAGAGAUGAGUCUUGGAAUGGGAGACAUGGACAUUCACCAGCAAAUCACAGAGCAGUAUGUGUCAAAGUUUGAGGAGCAGCUUUCAUCAGCAACUCUUGUGUGCCUCGAUGGAAAUAUCCCUGUCUCCACCAUCGACUAUGUUUGUCAUGUUGCCAAAAAGCACAACAUCAAUGUUUGGUAUGAGCCAACAGAUUCACAAAAGGCUCGUAAGCCUUUUCUAUCAGAUGCCUGGAAGUCUCUGUCCUAUUCAUCCCCAAACCUGGUGGAGUUGUGCACCAUGAACAAAACGCUUGGUAUCCCAACGCCUGAAGUUGUUAAAGUAAGGUUUCUUGUGAAAAAUGCAACUAGUGUGAUUGUAGCUGCGGAUGUGGUUUUGUGUCGUGGGGUGACAGUGCUGCCAAGCUCUCUCGAGGAGGUGCUGAAUGUUGCUGUGGCUCUCUCACGCCCCCUUCUGGAGCAUCUUCACUGUCUGGUGGUGACUCUGGGGUCUAAUGGUGUGAUGGUGUGUGGAGAGCACAAUGCAGGCUCAGUCAACCUGCAGCCAAGAAAACAGAAGAGGAGAAGACAGCUUUGUGCUGUACACUACCCAGCACUGAUUGUGACUGCAGAAGAGACAGUGAAUGUAUCAGGAGCAGGAGAUAGUCUUGCAGGUGCUUUGAUGGCAGGGAUUCUCCAGCAGCAAGACACAGACAGCUGUGUUCAGAUGGGGCUCCUGGCUGCACGGCUGUCCCUAGCAUCACCACACCCCAUUGCUCCCACACUCACCUUAGACUUAGUGGAUCCCAACAAAGUCCAGAACUGGCCCAAACCAAGCUUUAGGUGGAUAGAUUAAAAAUAAUUUUAGUUGGGUAACAUUACUAGAGAAAUGUGUCAGGAAUUUGGGUCAUUUUGUAUUGUUUUUUUAAUAGAUGUUUGUGUGAUACUGUGAGUAAAUGAAUCACACGUCAUCGAAAAACCAAUAAAUACUGAUUUUAUUCAAUAUUUUAGAUUGUUUUAACCGAUAUCUUGCAAAAACACAAUCAACACUUUUUAAAAAACUUCACUUGAGCUAUUGAUUACAAAUCCUUGUAAAUAAAUGAUGUAAUAUUAUACAUUAUAAGAUA